AUGGAUAGGAGUUGGAUGAACAAGCCUAGGAAUAGUUAUGAGUACAAAAAAGGAGUUACUGAAUUUCUUCAUUUUGCAUUCCAUAAUGCAUCUCAAUGUGGGAAGAUAUUGUGUCCAUGCAUUCACUGUGUUAAUCGUUCUUGGCAAAGUUAUGAUGAUGCUAGAGUACACCUUAUAUGUGAUGGGUUUUUAAGGGGAUAUACUAAAUGGAUAUGUCAUGGGGAGAAUCCAACCACCAAUAUGGAUCAAUCAUCUUCCUCACAACACACCACUAAUGUUCAUACUACAGAACAUGUAGAAGAAUGUAAUACUACAACCUUAAAUACAAGAAGGUCAGAUGACAUUGUAGGAUUACUACGUGAUGCAUUAGGUGUUUCUAGUCAAGGAAAUUAUAGAGUUAGACAAGAUGUCGAGGAAUUAAAUUAUGAGAAAGAUAGAGUCGAGAAUGAAUCACAACUUGAUGAGAUUAAUAUAGAACAAUCAGAAGAUACUUCUAGUAGAAGGACAAGUGAAUUUGAAAAUUUAUUGAAAGAUGUGAAUGUAGAGUUAUACCCCGGUUGCAAAACCUUUUCUAGGUUAUCUUUCAUUUUGCAAUUGUACCAUUUAAAAUGCUUAAAUGGAUGGACAGGGAAAUCAUUUACAAUGCUUCUGGAGUUGUUAGUUGAUGCUUUUCCUGAAGGUACAUCACUACCUAAAUCUCAUUAUGAAGCUAAAAAAGUCAUCAAAGCAUUAGGUCUCAAUUAUGAGAAGAUUCACUCUUGCGUAAAUGAUUGUAUGUUGUUUUGGGGAGAAAGGGAGAAGCAAGAAUUGUGUCAUGUUUUUGGAUCCUGUCGAUGGGUUGUAAAGAAGAAUGAACAGUUGAAUUCAGAUGGUGACAGAGUAGAAAUGUCUUCUAUUAGGAAGAAGAAACCAGUUAAAGUUUUACGUUACUUCCCCCUUAUACCUAGGCUUCAGAGGUUAUUUGCAUCUGUUAAAACUUCUAAAGACAUGAGAUGGCAUGAAGAGGGUCGCAUAAAAGAUGGAUUACUAAGACAUCCUGCUGAUGGAAAAGCAUGGAAAGAAUUUGAUUCCAAAUUUUCAGAAUUUUCCUCUGAUGCACGGAAUGUGAGGCUUGGUCUCGCUACUGAUGGUUUUAAUCCAUUUAGGACUAUGAGCACUACUUACAGCACAUGGCCUGUUAUAUUAGUUCCAUAUAAUAUGCCUCCUUGGACAUGUAUGAAGCAAUCCUCAUUCAUUUUAUCAAUGAUCAUCCCUGGUGAGAAGAGUCCUGGAAAUGAUAUUGAUGUGUAUUUACAACCUUUAAUUAAGGAGUUAAAUCAAUUAUGGGAAGGGGUUGAGACCUAUGAUGCUUCCAUUGGGCAUACUUUCUUAAUGAAAGCUGCUUUAAUGUGGACAAUCAAUGAUUUUCCAGCAUAUGCAAAUUUGUCUGGUUGGAGCACAAAGGGAGCUUUUGCAUGUCCUUGUUGUGCUGAAUUCACAUGCUCAAGAUGGUUAUAUAAAAGUGGAAAAUAUUGCUAUAUGGGUCAUAAGAGAUGGUUACAUGAGGGGCAUGAAUUUCGAUUUCAAAAAAAUUUCUUUGAUGGUACUGAGGAAUUGCGACCAACACCUUUACAAGCUUGGGGUAGUGGUGUAGUAAAACAACUAGAUACUAUCCAAUUCACAUUGGGGAAAGUAUCUCAAGCUGGGCAGCAAAAGACAAAGAAAAAUAAAAAGUUUGGAAGGAAAAGAAAUAGAGAAGAGGAUGCUAGUGCAUUGGUUGAAGAAACAGUAGAGAAUGUGGUUGAAGAUUCUAAUAAUGCAAAGGAUUGGUGGAAAAAGAAAAGUAUUCUCUAUAGUUUACCAUAUUGGGAACAUAAUUUAUUGCGUCAUAAUCUUGAUGUGAUGCAUAUAGAGAAAAAUGUGUGUGAUAAUGUAAUUGGCACUUUAUUAGAUAUCGAUGGUAAGUCCAAGGAUAAUCUUAAGGCUCACCUUGACUUAGUGGACAUGGGUAUUAGAAGUGAAUUACAUCCACAAAUAAGUGAAAGUGGUAAGAGCAAAUUACCUCCGGCAUCAUUUACAAUGACAAAGAAAGAGAGAGAAAUUCUUUGUGAAGUUGUGAAGAAUGUGAAAAUGCCUGAUGGUUAUGCAUCUAAUAUUUCUAGGUGUGUUAACAUUAAGGAACGCAAGAUUAGUGGAUUGAAAACUCAUGACUCUCAUAUUCUAUUUGAGUAUAUCCUUCCAUUAGCACUACGAGUAUGUGGUCCAUCACAACUAGUGACUUCUAUUGUGAUUGAGCUAGGUGCAUUUUUCAAAGCAAUAUGCUCAAAGGUAUUAGAUGUUAAUGAGCUCAUAAAACUUCAAGAUCAUAUUGUAUUAAUACUUUGUCAUAUGGAGAUGACUUUUCUUCCAUCUUUCUUCACUAUUAUGGUACAUUUAAUGGUCCAUUUAGUGGAGGAAGUGAUGCUUGGUGGUCCAGUACAUUAUAGAUGGAUGUAUCCUGUAGAAAGGUCGUUAGGUCGAUAUAAGUCCUUAGUACGUAAUAGAGCAUAUCCUGAAGGAUCAAUUGCAGAAGGAUACAUAGCUGAUGAAUGUCUCACAUUUUGCUCAAGAUACCUUGAAUGUGUUGAGACACGUUUCAAUCGACCUUUACGAAAUCCUGAACCACCUUCAAGUGCAAGCAUUAAACAUUUGUUUAAUACCGGUGGUCAUCCUAUUGGAAAAAUUGAAGAUGUUAUCUUAGAUGACAAAUCAUUGAUGCAAGCACAUCGGUAUGUGCUGCGCCAUUAUGAUGAGAUUGAGCAUUUUCGCCAAGAAUUUGUUGCUAUUGAGAGAAGGAAAUGUCGUCGCCAUGUCCAUCUUGAUUCUAAUGCAUUCAAUAAGCUUAUUAAUGAAAAAUUUCAUGAUUGGUUCCGUAAUAAGGUUAUGACAAUGGAUGGGACGAGUGUAUCCAAUGACAUUGUGAGUCUUGGAAUAGGUCCUAACAAGGUGGCUAAGAGAUUUUCUGGAUUCAUUAUCAAUGGAAUCCGAUUUCAUACCUCAGCUAGAGAGGAACAAAGAUUGACACAAAAUAGUGGUGUAGUGAACAUUUCAGAAAUGGGAGGAGUUAACUAUUAUGGAAGAAUACAAGAUAUCAUUGAACUAAAUUACUAUGGUGCUUUCAAAGUUGUGAUGUUCAAAUGUGAUUGGUUUGAUGUCCAUCAUAAUAUGGGUGUGAAGCAAGAUGAAUAUGGAUUCACGCUACUGAACUUUUCUCGCUUAAUACACACUGGUGAGAAAGUAGACGACGAUCCAUAUGUAUUCUCUUCUCAAGUGGAACAGGUAUUUUAUGUGCAAGAUCCUAAAAACACAAAUUGGCAUGCAGUUGUAAAGGUUAAAUCUCGAGACUCAUUUGAUGUGGUAAAUGAUGAGGUAUUGACCGAUGAAAAUUUUAUAGUGCCAAUUAGUGGUGAUAUUUCUAAUGUAGAUGACCAUCCUAAUUGGGUGAGAUCAGAUGUUUGUGAAGAUGAUAUUAUUUAUAUUUAA